AUGGCGACGCUGGCGGACAGACGGGCGCAAGCUGCCGCGCUCGCUCGCACGACUCGGUUGCUGUACGCCUCCUCGGCGGUUGGCCUCGUUUCCCUCGCCGGCGUCUGCGCCGUGGUCCUUUCAUGGCGGAUGGCAACGACCCAAGGCCAAUGGGUCGCCUUCUCUCUUCUCGCGGCAUGCUCCUUCGGCUGGCUGUGCACGUCCAUCAUCACCAUCGGCUACCUGCAGGACUUGAGGAGGACUCGACUAGCAUGGUUUGCCCUACUGGCCCUUGCGAUCGUUCAUGCUGGCAUGGCCGCUUACUUCGAAGCCGCCUCACUCAAGCUGCGCGAUGGAUUCGUGCAGCGGGUCUGGCUAACCUCGCUUCUCGCAGGUCGGCGCCAUCCUUCCCGUUGCUUCUGCCCCUCUCCUCUUCCUCCCUCGCGGUCUUUCUCGCAUCUCCCGCACUCUCAUACCUACGACACCCUCUUCGACGACGAGGUCCCGCCAGGCUGGCACGUUGCACCCGCCGAACUCGCGCCCGAUUCUUCCGCCUCGGAAUCAGACGAAGACGCGAGACCGGCGCGUCUCGGCCACAGUCGCAAUUCGAGCGGUCCGUCGAUGGAGUGGCAUGAGCUGGGCAGGCUGGGCGGAGGAAGGAGCGUCAAGCACUCGAGCAGGUUGAGCUGGAGUGCGUACCGGGAGAAGCGGAACAGGCGUGCGAUGGGUUCGUAA